AUGCGUUUGCCACGCGCUACCGCGGGUCUUGUUCGGCCCGUUCGCAUGUACCAUGAAAAGGUGCUUGACCACUACAACAACCCGCGUAACGUGGGCUCGUUCUUGAAGACGGAUAAGGACGUAGGCAUUGGCCUGGUAGGUGCUCCUGCCUGCGGCGAUGUCAUGAAGCUUAGCAUUAAAGUCAACGAUGAAGGUAUCAUUGAGGAUGUGCGCUUCAAGACCUUUGGUUGUGGCUCGGCCAUUGCAAGCUCGAGUUUCAUGACCGAACGGGUAAAGGGUAUGUCUCUGGACGAAGCUGCCGCUAUCAAGAACACGGAGGUGGCUCGUGAGCUGUCUCUUCCUCCUGUCAAGCUUCAUUGCUCGAUGCUGGCCGAGGACGCUAUCAAGAGUGCGAUCCAGGACUACCGUGCGAAGCGACAGGCGACAGGAAACUUCAAGCAGGGCCAUAUUGAGGUAAUGCAAGAGGCUGCUACCGGGAAGACGACAGCGACAGCGCACGUCGGCUCUGGCACCGUCUAG